AUGGAGAGGCAGAGUGCUCCCUUGGGAGAUCUCCAGGUGAUUCACAACAAUGGGGAUUGUGGUGCUGAAUUCAGAGGCUCCUUCACAAACCUGAGGGCUGGGCUGGCAAACUCCACAGAGAGCAGCCACAGCGGCUUUGCAGCUGUUUGCGAUAAAAAGAUGGCCUAUCAUAAAGUGAAUGCAGACCAGAGAGCACAGGGGCACUCUCCAUACCUUGACAACGAUGAGCUCCAAGCCACAGCGUUGGACCUGGAGUGGGACAUGGAAAAAGAGCUGGAGGAGCCUGGCUUUGACCAUUUCCGACUGGACAGCGCAGCCCAGCACCACGUGGGGAACUCGCAGAGCCCUGACCUUGACCUGGAGCCCAUCCAGCCUUCCUCUUCCCCAAAGGGAAGAUUCCAGAGGCUGCAGGAAGACCCUGACUACAUCUCCCACUACACGAGACAGGCACCAAAGAGCAACCGCUGCAGCUUUCUUCGGAUACUGAAAGUAUUUUGCACUGCUUUGAUUUUAUUUAUUUUUGGAAUUGUGAUAGGAUAUUAUGCACGCCAGAAAUGCCCUUCUCCCCCAACAUCUCAAGAACCAAAUAAUCCUCCGAUCUACCAUGAAAUUCUCAAGGAAAUCAAAGCUGAAAAUAUUCAGCGGAUUUACAGAGAUUUGUUAGAGUUCCCCAGAGAAGAUGAUGCAGACCUUGCAAUGAAAAUCCUGGGGCAGUGGCGUUCCCAAGGCCUGGAAGAUGUCCGGCUGGUGAAUUACUCUGUUCUGCUUGACCUGCCAGGCCCUUCUUCAAACACAGUAACUCUGCAAAACAGCGGGGAAUGCUUUUAUCCGAGUGGACAACGGUGCAGCACAGACCCCAGAACACUUCACAGCCAAGACCUCCUGUACUCUUACGCAGCUUAUUCUGCCAAAGGAACUCUUGAGGCAGAGCUUGUUGAUGUCCAGUAUGGGACCAUGGAAGACUUGAUCCGGAUUCAAGCCAUCACAAACGUGACCAAAAAAAUUGCACUUUUGAAGCUUGGACAAUCACCUUUGCUUUAUAAGCUUUCUCUGCUGGAAGAUGCAGGGUUUGGUGGUGUUCUUGUUUACACUGAUCCUUGUGACUUGCCAAAGACUGCAGACCUUGCUGAUAAAGCUUUCAUGGUCUCCUUGAACAGCGGGGGAGAUCCAUCCACGCCUGGUUAUGCCAGUAUUGAUGGAAGCUACAGGCAAAAUCGACUGAACCUCACAACACUGUUGGUACAACCAAUUUCUGCAGUGUUUGCCAGAAAACUUCUUUCCCUACCUGAGGACACUUCCCAAAAAGACAGGUGUGCACCCCUCCAACUGCCAGCUGCAGUCAAAAAAACUAUCAGUCUGAACAUUCAGUCUGUCACAACUUACAAGACAAUUUCUAAUGUCAUUGGAUAUCUAAAAGGAGCUGUAUUUCCUGACAGAUACGUCAUCAUUGGUAGCCAUCACAGCAGUUUGCAGGGUUUUGGUGGGCAAGGCUGGGCCAGCAGCACUGCUGUGAUCACAGCCCUGCUCCAAGCCCUGAUGCCAGAGGUGAGGAGGGGCUGGAGGCCUGACAGGACCCUGCUCUUCUGCUCCUGGGGAGGAACAGCCCUGGGGAACAUCGGCUCCUACGAGUGGGCUGAGGAUCUGAGGAGUGUUCUUCAAAGAAAUGUUGUGGCCUACAUCAGCCUCCAUAAUCCAGUCACAGGCAACUCAACUUUACGGCCUGUGGCCUCUCCUUCUCUUCAGCAGCUGGCAGCAGAGAUCCAGAGCUUGAACUGUGUGGAAAAGGCUAGAUGUCCAGAAUCCAAUGUGAGUUCUGUGCAGAUACAGGGAGAUUCAGAUUAUUUCAUCAACCACCUCGGAGUACCUGCCACGCAGUUUUCCUAUGAGGACAUCAAAGCAUCAGAGAAUUCCAGCUUUCUCUCUGAAGCUCUUUUUCCUGUACAUGCAACAAAAACUGAAGAGCUGGAUCCCUCCUUCAGCCUGCAUGAGACCAUUGCAAAGCUAACAGGACAAGUGACUUUGCAAAUUGCCACUGAUCCAGUUUUGCCGUUUAAUGCCCUCGACAUCGCGUUAGAAGUUCAGAACAGUCUGAAAGGUGAUGAAGCAGGCAUCCCUCAGCUGCUGGCAGUGGCAUCACGUCUGAGGGACACGGCGGAGCUGUUCCAGUCGGACGAGAUGCGCCCGGCCAACGACCCCGAGGAGAGAGCUCCUGUCAGAGUCAGGAUGCUCAAUGAUGUGCUACAAGGCUUGGAGAAAAGCUUCCUGCUUCAGCAAGCUCCUCCAGGACUCUACAGAAAUAUUCUUUACAGACUGGAUGACAGGACCAGCCAGUUUUCAGUACUGCUGGAGGCACUGGAGCACUGCAAACUGCAUCAGUCAAAUGAGACCAUUCAAGCAGCCUUGUCAGAGGUGCUGAACAGCAUCAAUUCAGCUCAGGUUUACUUCAAAGCAGGACUUGAUGUGUUUGAGACUGCCUUAGCUGGAAAGAAAUGA